GGCUCAGACGACCCCAAUCUUUUUCCCGAGUCUUUAAUGCCGCAAGGAAGAUGUUCUUUCCAAAUUAGGUGUCGUUGUGGCAUCUAUGCAAAUCACUUCACUUCAACGACUCCAUUAAAUCCUGGAAGGCGAUUUUUUAAAUGUCUGAAGUUUAAGAAUCAUUCUUGUGGUUAUUUUAAAUGGGAAGAUGAAAUCUCGUUGAACAGUGUUUUGGUUACAACUAAAGAUAUAACAUCGUCUUGGGAAGCAAUUAAAAAUGAUAGGGAUAAAUUGAAAGAAGAAUUAAUUGCCAUGGAGGCUCUAUACAAAGCUGAAGCUAUAAAAAUAAUGAAAUUGGAAGAGAAGGUUUUGAAGACGAGGAUGAUACUUAAGAUCUCAUGGGCACUUUUUGUUGGAUUCGUUGCGACGUCGAUGAUGAAGUGAAUGUUGGUGAAUCUUGUUCAUGAUGCUAAUGAAUAUGUUUUGUUGUCAAUUUUAUUCUUGUUUGAAAUUGGA